UAUCAAAUCACCUCUCUCUUCUCUCACUCAGUCCCAAAGCUGACCCCACCGCCAUGGCGCGAAGAUCCAUUUCGAUCCUCCGUCACCUUCUAACGAAGCCGCUCACUCCGGCCGUCGCGGCCCAAACCCGAUCCGUCACCUACAAGCCCCGACCCGGCGACGGAGCCCCACGGGCCGUAACCCUAAUCCCGGGCGACGGAAUCGGCCCUCUCGUCACCAACGCCGUCGAGCAGGUGAUGGAGGCGAUGCACGCGCCGGUCUACUUCGAGAAGUUCGAGGUGACCGGCGACAUGCCGAGGGUGCCGGAGGAGGUGAUCGAGUCGAUCAGGAAGAACAAGGUGUGCCUGAAAGGCGGGCUGGCGACGCCGAUGGGCGGCGGAGUCAGCUCGCUGAACAUGCAGCUCCGGCGUGAUCUCGAUCUCUACGCUUCGCUGGUGAAUUGCUUCAAUAUGCGUGGCUUGCAGACCAAGCAUGACAACGUCGACAUUGUGGUGAUUAGGGAGAACACCGAGGGCGAGUACUCGGGGCUCGAGCACGAGGUCAUUCCUGGAGUCGUUGAGAGCCUCAAGGUGAUCACAAAGUUCUGUUCAGAGCGUAUUGCUAAGUAUGCUUUUGAGUAUGCUUACCUAAACAACAGAAAGAAGGUGACUGCUGUGCACAAAGCAAACAUUAUGAAGCUUGCAGAUGGUCUGUUCUUAGAGUCUUGUCGUGAGGUUGCUGAAAAGUAUCCAGGGAUUGCUUACAAUGAAAUAAUUGUUGAUAACUGCUGCAUGCAGCUUGUUUCAAAGCCUGAGCAGUUUGAUGUUAUGGUGACACCCAAUCUUUAUGGUAAUCUAGUUGCAAAUACAGCAGCUGGUAUUGCUGGUGGCACAGGUGUCAUGCCAGGAGGAAAUGUGGGGGCGGAUCAUGCUAUUUUUGAGCAGGGUGCUUCAGCAGGAAACGUGGGGAAUCAGAAAAUGCUGGAACAAAAGAAAGCAAACCCAGUAGCCUUGCUUCUGUCAUCUGCCAUGAUGUUGAGACAUCUUCAAUUUCCUUCCUUCUCCGAUCGGUUAGAAAAUGCUGUCGAAAGAGUAAUCUUAGAGGGCAAGUUCAGGACAAAGGACCUUGGAGGACAUAGCACUACCCAAGAGGUUGUUGAUGCGGUAAUUGCUGCCUUAGAUUGA